CAAUCGGUGCGCCUCAUCUCGUUGUGUAACCGUCUCUCUCGCUCCUUCCUGUCUAGAAGCAACAUGAGUGUGGCUCGCAGUGAUGACACGCUGGAUGAGGAAGACUCCUUUGUGAUGAAGGCUAUAAUCCAUGCGAUAAACGACAACAACGUGCCUGGCCUGCAGCACCUUCUGACUUCGCUGACCAGCUAUGACCUGAACCAGCCCAACAAGAACGGGACUCCCCCCAUCCUGAUUGCAGCAGGCUGUGGGAACAUUCAGAUCAUCAAUGUGCUGAUUGGGAAAGGAGCUGAGAUACAGGCCCAUGACAAGAGUGGAGCGAACGCCAUCUACUACGCAGGGAGACACGGACACGUGGAGACACUCAGGUUCCUGCAUGAAAAGACCUGCCCUCUGGACGUCCAAGAUAAGAGUGGAGAGACAGCCCUCCACGUGGCAGCUCGUUAUGGCAACGUGGAUGUGGUCCAAUACCUGUGUAGUAUCCAUGCCAACCCAGACCUCUCAGACAGGGAACAGGAGACCCCGCUCCACUGUGCGUCGUGGCAUGGCUACUCCUCGGUGGCCAGGACACUAUGCCAGGCGGGGUGCCAGGUUAAUGCCAAGAACAGGGAGGGAGAGAGCCCCCUCCUCACCGCCUCUGCCAGGGGGUUCGCUGAUAUAGUAGAGUGUCUGAUAGAGCAUGGAGCUGAUCUCAACUCUACUGACAAGGACAGCCACAUAGCGCUCCACCUGGCUGUGAGGAGGUGCCAACUGCAGGUGGUCAGAUGUCUGCUCCGUCACCGUUGCCCCGUCGACCAUCAAGAUCGCCACGGCAACACGCCGCUGCACAUCGCCUGUAAGGACGGCAACCUGCCCGUUGUCACGACGCUGUGUGCUGCCAAGGCAAACCUCGACCUGCCUAACAAGUAUGGCAGGACACCUCUCCACAUGGCAGCUAUCAACGACCUUCUAGAGGUAGUCAGACACCUGUGUGUAGCCGGGGCCAAUACAGACGCCGUCACCAAUGAUGGUAAAACAGCAGAAGACUUGGCAGUGCAGGAGCAGCAGGAGCAUGUUGCUGUGUUGCUGGGUAAACUGAAGAAGAACAACCAUAAAGGCAGCUACAUCCAGGCCCUGCGUCCCACCAGCACCCCCCAGCCCCGGGUCAAGCUGAAGCUGCUGGGUCACUGUGGCAGUGGGAAGAGCUCCCUCCUGGAGAGUCUGAAGUGUGGCAUCCUACGGGGCUUCUUCAGGAGGAGACGACCACGAGGCAACAACACCGUACGACACCCCAACUCACCCAUGGACGGCAAGGCUGCGGUGUCAGUGAGUAUCUCCAACCUGUAUCCUGGCUGUGAGAACGUCUGUGUGCGUAGUCGCAGUAUGAUGUUUGAGCCCAGCCUGACCAAGGGAGUCCUGGAAGUGUUCAGCCCCGUCACCAACGCACUCUCCUCGGCCGACGACCUCGCCACCAGAGCCAUCGACAUCCAGAACACUAACAUCAAUGGUGUAGGAGACUUCAGUGUUUGGGAGUUCAGUGGCAACCCUGUGUACUACUGUUCUUAUGACUACUUUGCUGCCAAUGACCCUACAGCCAUCCACCUGGUGGUGUUCAGUCUGGAGGAACCCUACGAGACUCAGCUCAGCCAGGCUACAUACUGGCUCAACAUGUUAAAGGCCUUAACACUACCACAGGAUACUAUAGCGUUUGGAGGCCGCAUCCAUAGCCCGCUGACGGUAGUCCUCGUGGGGACUCAUGCUGACGUGGCUUGCCUGCCUCGGGGGGCUGGAGGGGAGUUUGGAUACGACAAGGAGAGGCCUCUACUCAAGGAGCUCCGGAACAGGUUUGGCAACGACCUGCAGAUCUCAGAGAGGCUGUUUGUGAUGGACGCUGGAGCCUCCACCUCUAAAGAUGUCAAACUGCUCCGGAACCACCUGCUGGAACUACGCAAUAACAUCGUCUCUACCUGUAGUCCCAAGUCGGCCCUUUCAGAGUGUCUGGUCUCGACCCUGCCCUCCUGGAGGAGAAUGAGUGGUCCUAACCAGCUGACGUCAUGGCAACAGUUUGUCUCUGACGUCCAGGAACACAUCAACCCACUGGUCAGCGAGGAGCACCUCCGAGGGGUCGCACAACAGCUCCACAGCAUGGGAGAGAUCAACCUGAUGCAGAGUGAGACGGUGCAGGAUGUGAUGGUGUUGGAACCCCGCUGGCUGUGUAGUGGGGUGUUAGCCCGCCUCCUCUCUGUGGACACGCCUAAAGCCAUCCACCACUACAGGGGGCGCUACAGACUGGAGGAGAUACAGGCUCUGGCCCCAGAGAGCGACGUGGACGAACUGCUACAGGUGCUGGAUGCCAUGGACGUGUGCGCACGUGACCUGACCAACCCUGGCAUGGUGGAUGUCCCCGCCCUGAUCAAGACCAACAGCCUCCACCACUCCUGGACGGAGGAAGAGGAGGAGGAAGAUGUUCUGAUCUACGGAGGGGUCAGGCUGGUUCCUGCUGAACACCUCACACCUUUCCCCUGUGGACUGUUCCACAAGCUACAGGUGAACCUGUGUCGCUGGAGUCACCAGCAGCGCCCUGAGGAUGAUACAAGGGAGGGGCCUGACGGAGACAUCCGCCUCUGGACUAAUGGGGCAAAGGUGAGCCAAGGAGGAGCAGAGGCCAUGAUCCUAUUGGUCAACCACGGCCAGGGGGUGGAGAUCCAGGUCAGAGGUCACGACAGCGAACGGGCCAAGUGUUACACCCUCCUAGACACCAUGGUUACCAUCACCGAGUCGCUCCUGUCCUCCACCCUCCCCGGCCUUCUCACCGCCCGGUACUACCUCAGCCCCCAGCAGCUCAGAGAGCAUCACGGUCCCGUCAUGAUCUACCAGCCUAAAGACUUCCUGAAGGCCCAGACCCAGAGAGAGACCAGCCUCACCAACACCAUGGGCGGGUACAGGGAGAGCUUCAGCAGUAUCCUAGCCUUGGGCUGUACUGACGUCUAUAGUCAGGGUCGUCUGUGUGCGGACGUCCACAUCUCAGAGGUCAGCCUACUGGCCAGGAGGAAGUUGUGUCGUCUGUUAGACCCUCCUGAUGCCCUGGGGAAGGACUGGUGUCUGCUGGCUAUGAACCUGGGUCUCACCUACCUGGUGGCCAAACACAGCUCCAGCCCCAGCGGCACCCCAACCAAUGGGGGCCCUGCCCCGGACAAUGACCCCGCCCUUGUGGCCAGCCCCACGGCAGCGCUGCUUCUGGAUUGGUCGGUCCGUCCAGACAGCACGGUGGGGUUGUUGAUGUGGAAGCUACGUGAGCUGGGGAGGCGUGACGCUGCUGACUUCCUGUUAAAGACCUCGCCUGUCUUCAGGGUCAACAUAGAGGGUGUGGCUAGGGGAGGGGGCAGAGCCUGUAACGGAGGCACCUCCUACAACUCCAUCAGCUCGGUCAUCUCCCGGUGAGACGGGUGUAAUCACUGGGAACCAAGCGGAACCAAGCGGCUAGAGAAACACAGGGACUUACCUGAAUUGGGUUUUCUUUUUCCGUUGCAAAACAUUUUGCUUCAGUGUGCACUAUUGAAUACACACCAUGUCCUGGAUCAGAACAGCUUCCGCUCAUCGUGAUCUGGCCCACCAGAGGAGAAGACUAGAAACUGAUCCUAGAUCAGAGUCCUGACUGGGGAAACUAACUGUGUCCUGUCCCCAGAGUGAGGCUGGACUAACUAGGGCUGACGAACCAACCGACACCAUGUGCAAUCUAAUCUUUCCCGGGGGUUUAGUGUUAGUUCUCUCCUGUUAACCCCCUAGGUCACUGAUGCUCUGUGAGACUGAUGCUCUGUGCACAUCCAGUGUCCAUAUAGCUCCCCUCCUCUCUUCUCCUACUCUCCUCUCUCUUCUCCUACACUUCUCUUUCCUCCUCCUACUGUCCUCUCUCCUCCUCUCUCAUCCUGUCCUCUUCUCUCUCAUCCUGUUCUCUCACCUCCUCUCCUCCUCUCUCAUCCUGUUCUCUCACCUCCUCUCCUCCUCCACUCCUUACCAUCCCGCUAUAUGAAUGUUGAAAUUAACUGGCUGUCCUGAGCUCCAAAGAGGAUCCCAAAUGGAACCCUACUGAAGUGGCACUAAACUUCAAUAGCUACUAUUUCUGCCCUGCUGCCCUGCUUGUCAGUACAUCUCAACUCCAACACAGCACUAAAAGUACAGUAAGGAUUUUUCUUUAUUUUUACUGUUUUCUACAUUGUAGAAUAAUAGUGAAGACAUCAAAACUAUGAAAUAACAUGGAAUCAUGUAGAAACCUAAAAAGUCUUUAACAAAUCAAAAUAUAUUUUAGAUUCAUCAAAGUAGCCACUCUUUGCCUUGAUGAAAGCUUUAGACACUCUUGACAUUCUCUCAACCAGCUUCAUGAGGUAGUCACCUGGAAUGCAUUUCAAUUAACAGGUGUGCCUCGUUAAAAGUAAAAAUGUGUGGAUUUUUUUAUCCUUUCCUUACUGCAUUUGAGCCAAUCAGUUAUGUUGUGACAUACAGAAUAUAGCCCUAUUUGGUGAAAGACCAAGUCCAUAUUAUGGCAAGAACAGCUCAAAUAUGAAAAGAGAAACAACAGUCCAUCAUUACUUUAAGACAUGAAGGUCAGUCAAUCUGGAACGUUUCAAGAACUUUGAAAGUUUCUUCAAGUGCAGUCGCAAAAACCCUCAAGCGCUAUGAUGAAACUGGCUCUCAUGAGGACCGCCACAGGAAAGGAAGACCCAGAGUUAUCUCUGCUGCAGAGGAUAUGAUGAAACUGGCUCUCAUGAGGACCGCCACAGGAAAGGAAGACCCAGAGAUCUCUGCUGCAAAGGAUAAGUUCAUUAGAGUUACCAGCCUCAGAUUGCAGCCCAAAUAAAUGCUUCACAGAGUUCAAGUAACAGACAAAUCUCAACAUUAACUGAUCAGAGGAGACUUUGUGAAUCAGGCCUUCAUGGUUGAAUUGCUGCAAAGAAACCACUACCAAAGGACACCAAUAAGAAGAAGAGACUUGCUUGGGCCAAGAAACACGAGCAAUGGACAUUAGACUGGUGGAAAUCUGUCCUUUGGUCUGAUGAGCCUACAUUUGACCACAGAGUGAAGGAAAAGCAGCAAACAAGUGCUCAGCAUAUGUGGGAACUCCUUCAAGACUGUUGGAAAAGCAUUCCAGGUGAAGCUGGUUGAGAGAAUGCCAAGAGUGUACAAAGCUGUCAUUAAGGCAAAGGGUGGCUACUUUGAAGAAUCUCAAAUGUAAACUAUAUGUUGAUUUGUUUAACACUUUUUUGGUUACUAAAUGAUUCCAUAUAUGUUAUUUCAUAGUUUUGAUGUCUUCACUAUUAUUCUACAAUGUAGAAAAUAGUAAAAAUAAAGAAAAACCCUUGAAUGAGUAGAGGUGUCCAAACAUUUGACUGGUACUGUACAUGUCAGCGCAUGGCCCUCAAUGCAACACAACUGGUGUCCAUGAAGGAAAAUAAAUAAAUCCACCUCAACAAUGGAGGAUUUGAUAUCAAUCUGGGCUCAUUUUAUAUGCUGAGAUUACAGUUUGAUAACAGCUGACGUCUCUGUCCAUCUCUUUCUGACAUGAUUACAGUUUGAUAACAGCUGACGUCUCUGUCCAUCUCUUUCUGACAUGAUUAGUUUGAUAACAGCUGACGUCUCUGUCCAUCUCUUUCUGACAUGAUUAGUUUGAUAACAGCUGACGUCUCUGUCCAUCUCUUUCUGACAUGAUUACAGUUUGAUAACAGCUGACGUCUCUGUCCAUCUCUUUCUGACAUGAUUACAGUUUGAUAACAGCUGACGUCUCUGUCCAUCUCUUUCUGACAUGAUUACAGUUUGAUAACAGCUGACGUCUCUGUCCAUCUCUUUCUGACAUGAUUAGUUUGAUAACAGCUGACGUCUCUGUCCAUCUCUUUCUGACAUGAUUAGUUUGAUAACAGCUGACGUCUCUGUCCAUCUCUUUCUGACAUGAUUAGUUUGAUAACAGCUGACGUCUCUGUCCAUCUCUUUCUGACAUGAUAACAGGAGUUCAAUGCUUGACUAGUUCCAACGACAGUGAGAUCUUUCUGACCUUCUACCUCUCCUAAAAAGCACAACGGUCCAACAACCCUGUCUAGGGGGCUCUUCUAGUCCUGGGGUCUUCCCUACGUAGUGCACCACAGAGCUCUGGUCAAAAGGGUUUCCAUUUACAUUUACAUUUAAGUCAUUUAGCAGACGCUCUUAUCCAGAGCGACUUACAAAUUUGUGCAUUCACCUUUGGGAGGGAACCCUGAACAGUCCAUUGACCCUGGGUUAGUAACAGAGAUACAGCACAGCAGUUGGGGACUACCAAUGUGUUGAGAGAUCCACAACCUAGUGGAACAUCUGACUCUUAGGGCUGGUUUCCCGGUCACAGAUUAAGCCUGGAGCAAAUAAACACUUUGAAUUAGUCCAGCAGGACUAGUCUUAAUCUUAGUCUGGGAAACCAAAUGAAUACUGUUGCCUGAGCUAGUGGCUUAAGAUCAGCAGGCUAACACAGUGUUGUGAAGAGAACUGUGGUUUAAACCCAGACAGAGACCUAGCUACCAUGACAAGACCUUCCUAGCAGAAACAACAUGUCCAUUACUAUGAUGUGAAUACCCAGAGGCCUUCACUUCACAGUCUACUCUGUCUGUUACCCUCCCAGCCCCCUGGUCUGUGGGGUUAGACUACAGUCAGUCCAUUGUCUAACUCUUCUCCACAGUGUUGGACUCAGCUGAAUGAACCAUCCAUACAUGUUGUGAAAGGGAACAUGUUGGACGGUGGAAGACACGACACAGUGUUAGUAGUGGUGUCAGAGACAACAUGUUGGACGGUGGAAGACACGACACAGUGUUAGUAGUGGUGUCAGAGACAACAUGUUGCUUCUCACCUAAACAUACGCAUCUUCUCCUGAAGAGCAACAGAGAUUCCCAACAGAGAGUUUUUUUUGUGGGUUUAUUUUAGUACAGACACCAUACAGACACACACACAGAUACACACACAGACACACACACACAGACAUAGACACACACACAGACACAGACACACAGACAGACACAGACACACACACAGACACACACACAGACACACACACACACACAGACACACACACACAGACACACACACACAGACACAGACACACACACAGACACACACACACACAGACACACACACACAGACACAGACACAGACACAGACACACACACAAACACACACACAGACACACACACAGACACACACACACACACACAGACACAGACACACACAGUAACUCUCAACUCUCCUACUGUUGCCUUGCUGAGCUGAAGAGCUGUCUGUCUGUGUCUGUCUGUGUCUGUCUGUGUCUGUGAAAGGGAAGUUACUCGUAGUGUAUCACUGAGCUUUUAAAGUAUUCUAAUGAACAGUGAAAUGUUUUUGUUGUGUCUUGAUUCUGAUGGUAAGUGGCUUUCUUUGUUUCCUUGGAUUUGACGCAGACCCAAAAUUGCGUCCCAAUCGGCACCCUAUUCCCUAUAUGGUGCACUACAUUAGACCAGAGCCCUAUUCCCUAUAUAGUGCACUGCUUUUGACCGGGGCCCGAUAUGGUUAGCACCAUGUAGGGAAUACAGUGCCAUUUGUUGAGCACCCUCCGUAUCUGUCUGUCUGAGCGCAUGGGGACCAGGUGUAUUUAAGACUUUGUACAGACACAACAGAAAGACGUCUCUCUCUCCUUGCUCAAUAGCCUGGUUUGUAUUUCUGAUGAGAUUGUUCCCAUAGACUGGGAUGAUACCAUGUCCUGAACCUGAACUAGUGUAGUAGUAACAUUUGAUAAUAAAUUGUUUACCUGAGAA